UCCAUCCUUCCAUCCAUCUAUCCACCCACCCAUCCAUCCACUCAUCCACCCACCCACCGCCCUCCAUGGGCCGGCGCUGCCGGCGCUGAGCGCCGGGGAGGCAGCGCCCGGCUGCCGCGAUGAGCGGCGGGGAGGUGGUGUGCUCGGGUUGGCUCCGAAAGUCACCGCCAGAGAAGAAGUUACGGAGAUACGCAUGGAAGAAGCGCUGGUUCGUCCUGCGCAGCGGCCGGAUGAGUGGUGACCCCGAUGUCCUGGAGUACUACAAAAAUGACCACUCCAAGAAACCUCUGCGUGUUAUCAAUCUCAACUUCUGUGAGCAAGUGGACGCAGGCCUUACCUUCAACAAGAAGGAGCUGCAAGACACCUACAUCUUUGACAUCAAGACCAGUGACAGGACCUUCUACCUGGUGGCUGAGACAGAGGAUGACAUGAAUAAGUGGGUUCGCAGCAUCUGCCAGAUCUGUGGCUUCAACCAGUCUGAGGAGAACACAGACACCCUGAGGAGCAUGGCCUCCAUGAACCACGCACCACGGUCCUCCCCUGCAGAACUCAGCGGUGCCAGCCACCACCUGCUACGAGAGCGCAAGUCCUCAGCACCAUCCCACUCCAGCCAGCCCACCCUCUUCACCUUUGACUCACCUUCCAGCCACCUUCAGAGCACCCUGUCUGCCAGUGCCCCUCAAGACUACCUUUUCCUUCACCAGUGUAUGAGCAGGAAGUCAGAAAAUGCAAGCCCCCUUCUCACCAUCCUCUUCAGGAGCGCCAGCUUCUCCCAAGCCACGAGGUCUGCCUUCUUCAUGCGAAGCGACUCAGCGGUCCAGAAGCUCUCCCAGGGCAACGGGCACUGUGUGAACGGGGUUGCUGGGCAGCUCCACGGCUUCUACAGCCUGCCAAAACCCAGCCGCCACAACUCGGAGUUCAGGGACAGUGCCUACGACCUGCCACGCGCCUUCGGUUCCUACAGCCACCCCAAGUCCAGCCUCACCAGCUCCGAAACGGAUAAUGAGGAGGUCUACACCUACAAGACUCCCAACAACACCCUGUGUAAGGAGUUUGGGGAGCUCUCCACAGACUCCUAUGACAUCCCUGCCACCCCACACUCCGUCUACCAGAUCCCCAGGACAUUUACACUGGACAAGAACCACAAUGCUCUGGCUGUGGCUGCCAGCGACUCACCCACUGCGCCACCCCCACGGCCCCCAAAGCCUGGGCAGACGGAGCCGCGGUGGGGCAGCCCACCCCAGAGACCCCAGCCUGGUGAAAGUUUAGGGCUGGCCCCCAUGGCAGCCACCAUUCCCCGGAGAAACACGCUGCCGGCGGUGGAGAACAGCAGGCUGCACCGAGCUUCUUCUUGUGAGACGUACGAAUACCCCCAGCACGGAGGAGGCAGCAGUGCUGUGCACUCAGUCGAGUCUAUGAACGAUGGCUACAACUCCUACCUGCAAGCCAAGGCAGUGGUCGCCCGCUCCCACAGCACCGACUCUGAGGACAACUACGUCCCCAUGAACCCUGGUUCCUCUCCCCUGAUCCACACUGAGAAAGCCAACGACAAUGCCCAAAAUCUCUACAUCCCUAUGAGCCCUGGGCCACAUCACUUUGACCUGGUGGGGUUGUCCUCAGCUACUCUCCCUGUGCAUAAAGGAGGAGCCAUGGCACAGUGCCACAGACGGCUGAGUGAAAUCCAGCCCCCACCAGUCAACCGCAACCUCAAACCCGACCGGAAAGCAAAGCCAUUGCCACUGGACCUGAGGAACAACACCGUCAUCGAUGAGCUUCCCUUCAAAUCACCUGUCACAAAAUCCUGGUCCAGGCCAACCCAGACCUUCAACGCCGGCUCUCUGCAAUACUGUCGCCCUGUCUCCUCCCAGAGCAUCACCAGCACUGAUUCAGGAGACAGCGAGGAGAACUACGUGGCCAUGCAAAACCCCAUUUCUGCUUCUCCUGUUCCUAGUGGCACCAACAGCCCAGCACCUAAAAAGAGUUCGGGGAGUGUGGAUUAUCUGGCCCUGGAUUUCCAGCCAAGCUCACCAGGGCCACACAGAAAGCCCUCCACCUCAUCAGUUGCCUCGGAUGAGAAGGUUGAUUAUGUGCAGGUGGACAAGGAGAAGACGCAGGCGCUGCAGAGCACCAUGCAGGAGUGGACUGAUGUGCGGCAGUCCUCGGAGCCCACCAAGAGCACGAAGCAGUAACGCCUGAAGCAGGCAGAGGAACAGGCACAUGUCCUGGUGGUUCUCCCCACCAGGCUGCCAGCUCCAGCUGGGCUGGGUUUCCAAGACUUGUCUUUGGAGGGGAGGGGGUCUUCAUUAUGUUUUUUAAUUUCAAGACAACAAAAGAAACUUACUUUCAGGGGAAGACUUGGCGGAUACUGUUUGCCAGUGAUAAAGACCAACUACAUUCAGUGGCUAGGUUUGGGCUUUAGCUGCUGGAUGCACUAUCCAGGAAUUCUGACUUAGCAAUACCAGGUUUCACCCUAUACACCUUUUGCUUACAGCUAUUAAAGCCAUCUUGUAUGUGCUAACACUGCAUCAUCUCUCCCACAUCUUCUUCCAUACCAUACCUCUAUGCAGGUUUGCAGCAUCUCUCAUAGGACAUCAUUCCCCAGCUCCUUAUGGUGGCCCUCUUCUUUCCUUCCCCACUACCCCAGAACUGAGCAAGAACCAUUCCUUUUGCAAUCACUUUCAUUGUCCCAUCUCUUGUAAAUAGUAUGUUGGAAACCUCUGAGGGCUAUUGUCCUCCUGUUGAGAUAGCCCCUAAGUUUUUGGUCAUGGUUGUUAACCUUCAGAAGCUUGAAGAGCAUCUAGAUUGUCCCACUGAGCUGACUUAGAAGCCCAGGACUUGCCCCGUCACACACACACAUACAUGCAAGCACAUGGUGACACACAUGCAUGCAUGUGUAGAACAGCCAAGUUUGUUGGGUGUCUUCUGUUGUUGAUGCUCUCCAGCAUCUUUCAAAGCUGGUGGGCUGGUGAUUUGGCUUUGGAUGACAGAAUUUAAGCCCUGACCCAGCUGUCUGUGAAUCUAAGAACCAAAAUCUGCCCUUUGCAGCACCAAAAGAAGCCCAUAGAGUAAGAGUCCUACAUCUGUGGUCAUCAUGAGAAGUUCUGUGGUUGAGUACAAGGGGCACAAGGAGGCUCUGGAGACCCUAGGCUCUAAUCUGGACUGAUCCAAGGAUUAGUGACAGAGAGUGAGUGGAAGGCUGUUGUGAGGGCUGGUGGAUGCUGUACUGCAGAAGUUGGUCUUGGGGAAGGAGGUCUGGUUGGGUGGAACUUGAAGGAAAGGAGGAAGGAGUAGAGUAAUUGAAAGUUGGUGGAUGUUGAGGCCUUAGGUUUGAGUGGAGGGUGGUCAGGAGAGUCAGAGCAAGGUGUUUCAAGAUUAAUGUAGCAUUAUGGUUGGUUUGUGGUAGGUGCAAAGAGCUGGACUAGAUAUUUUCUCCCCAUCCUCAGCAGUGUUUCUUCAACACAGAACUGGGGCUUGUUGACAUUAACGACCCUAGGCUCUAAUUAUGGGUGGGAAUCUGCCAUUGCCUCCUUGACAUAUCCAGGCUUUGGGACUGCUCCUCAGACAGCUGCGGGGUGCAGAGAGCCAAGAAGGAAGAGACAAUUUAUUGCAGAGAUAAUAAUUCAUGAUCUCAGGAAAACAGGAAAGACUAAUGAUUGCUAUGUAGCAGCCUGAUUGCCAGACAGCAGGCGCUGACACGAGGGAACCGACAGCCAAGCGGCGGAGACAUUAGAAAGAUUAGGUAAUAAUAUUUAUUAAAGAGCUGCAGCUAUUCCUUCUUCAAGCUGAGCUUCUCCCAGCAUCACAGGCUCUGUCUUCCACCAGUACCACCAAGUUGUAUUGAAGGUUGAUGCUCAAGCAUUAGCACAUUUGUUUAAGCUUGGCCUGAGUCUGGAAACAGCCACAUGUCACCCACACCCACAGGGGGAUAGGAUGCCAGUCCCUUAAGGGCUGCCUGCUGGUAAAAUCAGUCUUGAAAUUCCUACACCAGUUUAUAUUCUCUUCCAAUGUGCCAUGAAAGGGAAGGGUAUUAAUGGGAAAGCUCUAAUGACCCUUUAAAAACAUGGAAGUGUUGGCCUUCCGCAGGAAUAAUGAAGCAAAUACUCUAAUGGUAAAAAUAAUAAAUUAUCUAGGAGAAAAAGAAAAUAGCUAAAGGGGAAGAUUUAGUACAUCCAGAUGCUUUCUGAAGGUUGGGAAGUGUGUUACAGCCUGCAAGGGCCUUUGCCUCUCCUUGGGGGCUUGCACUCUUGCAUGGUGAGAUAAUGAAAUGAGGACUAGAGUACAGUGUUUUGUGUUUCUAUAGCCCCUUUUAUCACCGCAUCUCAGGGGAGAGUAAAUGUUGGGCCUGAUCCAGAUGGGCUCCCUGUCCCCACCAAAAAGCAAAUGUGACCAAAUGGGAAGCUGCUUCUUUCUUAUGUCAUUCUCUAAACUGUUAGGCAGCCACAAAGGAAGAUGAGGUUGGGGGAUAAGGGUUAUGGUGCAUGCUGGAUGCACUUCCCUGCCAACACUGUGCCGUUCUCCUCCUCUCACGGUAAAAUACAGCCACCUCUGGGGUGGAUCACAGCAGCCAUUUUGGGAACAGCUCCUUUAUGCUGCUUUGGGUUGCACUCAGUAAAACAGUGCAACUGUGCUCAACAUGAAACUGAGCCCAGAUGUAGGCGAAAAAAACCUGGGCCAAAACUCUGAAGAA